GAUACCUAGAGGAGAUGCAAGUCGCUGCUGAAGAUUCGCAACAACAAGCAAGUGCUUUAGCGCACCUCCCCCUCCCACUGCGCUCGCUCAGAAGAAAACCAAUGUUUCUCUUUAGCCUGAGAUACACAGUGAUGUGAAUAUCUGUGUGCUGUUGGACAGAGCUCUGAGACUGCUUAAAACAGAAAGAAUAGCGGAAACUAGAAUUCCUCGCGUGCUUGCAGGACCCGGACGCAUACGCGAUCACACGGGAUUUCUUCAAACAGCGCUGUACUCAUGGAAUUCCCAAAUGAUUCCACCGGCUUUGCUGACCCCAGACACUUUCGUCUGUACAACGAGUCCCUGUUCCAGAACAACUUCAGCACCUUCAACGGGACUGAGAGCUUCUUCCCAAAGGGUGUCAAGAUCACUAUAGCAAUGGUCUACAUGAUCGUCUGCGUGGUGGGGCUGGUGGGAAACUGCUUGGUCAUGUACGUCAUCAUCAGAUACACCAAGAUGAAGACGGCAACCAACAUUUAUAUCUUUAACCUGGCACUGGCCGAUGCACUGGUUCUGGCUACGCUUCCCUUCCAGGGCACGGAUGUGUUCCUUGGUUUCUGGCCCUUUGGCAAUGCCCUGUGCAAAGCGGUCGUCUCCAUCGAUUACUAUAACAUGUUCACCAGUGUGUUCACCUUGACCGUGAUGAGCAUGGAUCGAUACGUGGCCGUGUGCCACCCGGUGAAAGCCCUGGACAUGCGGACGCCCCACAAGGCCAAGGUGGUCAAUAUCUGCGUUUGGGUCUUGGCUUCAGCCAUAGGGGUCCCGGCUAUGGUACUUGGAGAUGUGGAAAAUGACAACGCAUGUGAGUGUGCGUAA